AUCACUGCUUCGGUAUUUGGUACAUGAAAAAAUGUCCAAACAAAAAUAAAGGGCAGUAAUGUUUUAAAAAAAUCAUAAAUCAAAUUUUCUCCUUGUAUUCUUUUUCCACAAUAACGAGAAGGAUUUUCAGCAAAUCGCUUCGGCAUGAUCGUCCAGAAGUUGCCUUUUGCCGGUUGGAAACAGGCAACAGCCCCUCGCCGGGCGGCAGGUGCCACCUGCCAAGUGACUCAGGUCAAAACACGUCAAACUCACUAAUUACCUCCCAAAGUCGGUUAAAUCAUUAUUCCUUUGUUUUAUGUAACAAAAUAGUAUGAAUGUUUGAAUAGGACUGAUUUAUUUAACGAAUGCUUGUUCGGGUGUGUGUUAGUGAUUUUUUAAAAAUAGUUUCAAAUGAAAGGAUUCUUUAAUAAUUAUUGUUAAAAAAAGUACAAUAAAUAUACUUGUUGGAAAGUACCGUAUGCAAUAGGAGAGAUUAGACCUUCUGAGAAUGGCAACGGAACAAGAACUGUACGAAGCUGUGAAAAGGAAUUUGAAUAAGGAGGGCUUGACUGGUAAAAUCAAGUCGGAGAUAAGAUACGAAGUCCUGAGACUUUUGGGUAUAUCCGGGCUUAAAAAAGACAAAAACAAACCAGGCCUACCGCACGAGCUUGGCCUUAUAAACAGCCUCCUCAAAGAGUAUUUGAACUGGGUAGGAUACAAUUUCACCUCCAUGAUGCUCUCCGCAGAUGCUGCACGUAUCAAAGCUUGGAUUUGUAAAGUAGAACACGAUCACAAAGAUGGACACAUUUCAGACAUAAGUCGAAAUGCGUACGCUAAGUUCAUUCUUGUUAUGCUGAUGGAAAAGAAGAUCUGCCCCCCAUACAAUGAUUUUCCUGGAGAAGAGCAUUUGUGUGAUUUUUUUUCUUCAGUUAAAGUAGAUAAAUACUAUCACCCACUUUCUUCGAGUGGAGCAAGCAGUGAAGAAAAUGAAGAAACGUUGAAGAAAGAGUUGAGUUACAUUGUUCAGACAUCUCUGAUCUACCCUGAAGAGUCGAAACAAUGUACGACAAAUACAAGUGAAGAGUAUUCACAAAAUUUAGAAUGUACAGAUGAAAUAGUUACUGAUGAAGACUACCAAACGUCCCAUGAAGCAUCAGAAAAUCAGACAUUCUCAGAUUAUUCAGGUUUUGAAUCUUUCCCUGACUACGAAGAUUUUAUCAAGCCUCUACAAAACAUGGAUGAAGAAGACUAUUCUCUCUUAGCCCGACCACUUCCUUCUUCAGCAGAGUCUAUGGAAUGUGAAAUUGAUUCAGACUAUAAAGAGUCUGUGGAAUGUGAAGUUGAUUCAGACUAUAAAAAUGAAAAACCUAAACGAGACUGCCGUAAAACAAGAGCCAUUGUACGGAAGAAUGAUGAGCAAACUGUAAAUGAAACUGAUACAUUGGGAAUGAUAAACACGGUCAUUUGUUCAAUAAACAAUUGCACCAUUCUAGAAGAAUUUGUGAAAACAGUGUCUAAGUAUACAUCGGAUGGUGGGGUGAAACUGAAUCAAGCCGCUACACUAGAAACCUCAAAUUUCCGCAAAUCUAUUAAAUCCUUCUUCGAUGAAAAGUAUAAGAUAAUUGUAGAAGGGAUGACUGAUACACAAAAAGAAAUUGAAGCCGAUUAUAAAAAAAUGAUCAAAGAGUUGUAUCAAAAAUGUAAAGAAGUGCUCAGUGAAAUAAAAACAGUCUUUCCAAACUUCAAUAUUGAAAUGGCUAAAAACAAUCCAAACUAUAUAAAAACUCUUAUGCAACAGGAAUUUGGUGAAGAUGUGAAGGUAGAUAAGAAAGGAGGACCAACAAAUAAAGAAUCAUACAGUGAAGGAUUUUGUGAAGAUACUCUUAGAAAAGAGUUACAUUUAGCACAGUUAAACUUAAUUUGGAAACAAAAACAGAAAAAGCACAAUGAAGUUCUUCUGGGACAAAGGAAAUGCCAACUAUCCAAUCUUCAGAAACAACUUAAGAAUUUGACAGAGAAUGAAUGUUUUUAUGACCAAAUUAACAAUUCACGUGAAAUAAAUUUACAAUCAGAUAUUGAAGCACUGAAGAGAAAAUUUGAUGAAAACCAAACUAUCAUUGCUUGUCUUCGAGAUGAAAUGAGAUAUGCAUGCAAAAGACAUGAAAAAUCAAUGAUGAAGGUAGAUUUAUGUGAAUUGAAACCAUGUAAGAAAAUGAACGUACCUCCGAAACCAACAACGCAGAAAAAAAAUCUUCACAAGUAAAACAGAAGCUUUUUGACAUUGGCUGUUUGCUGACUACACUAAAAUAACAAAUUUAACAAUAAAGGUUUUAUGGAAGUAUU